CAGGACGUCACUGGUAGGCCACACCACUUCCCGUCAUUGUCAAAUCCCUUCACGCGAAACCUGUCACACCUCUCGCUGCGUGGGUUCUCGAAGAGAACCUGCAACUUCAUUAACUUGUAGUUUCCCUGGGAGAACACGAGAAAACGUGCCGCAAAGUGCUUAGUUCCAGCCGCAGUGAGGGCUAAUAAUUGCGUGACCUGCUAUCACUGUCGUCCCUCUUCUUCCACACGCCUGUCUUCGGGCCGUAGCCCAGACAUGGCAAUUCGUCAACUUCACGCGGAAGAGGAGGAGCAUACAGACCUCUUCGAGCUUGAUUUAUCUCAAGUAGAAUCGAAGAAAGACGUCAAACGCGAGAAACCAGCGUCCACUAGCUCCGCUAGCCGGCUCUUCGCGCCAACGAAAUCCUCCCUUGCGAAAACCCUCGCGAAAGGGCGAAGCGGCGGCGACGUUACUAGCGGCCACGAAAAGCCGCGAACAGCAUCGGAGAGAUUAACGUUGGAGCGACGCCCCGCAGCCAACCACUCGAAAUUUUCCCACUCCCCUUCCCCUUCCGCCUGCGCCUCCCCGCACGCUUCCCCACCCGUGUCCCCCCGCGCUGCAACCGGCCGGCGCCGCUCCGACGUCUCGGAGAACCUCGCGCUCCGCUUAAGCCGGCAGCACCAGACGGCAAGCCGGGAAGGAACUCCUGCCAGCUCUCCGCCUGUCUCGCCGCGAUGGUCGGUGAUUAGCUCCGAGCCACGGUCGCCGCGGUCGCCGCGAUUGGCGGUUACUGGAACGAAGCGGCAGCCUAUUGUGCACGGUGCGACUAGCCACCGUGGCUCCUCCUCUUUGAGCAAGGCUGGCGCUGGCGUGAACGGCGGCGGCGGUGGCGGUAGGGGUAAGGUUGCAGAGGCGGCUGAUUUGAGCACGAGCAGCGCUCGUAACCGUGGAGAACACACGCGCGAGCAUGCGACGCGGGGAGACGCGAAGGCCGGGCGUGGAGGAGUGGGAGCGCGACACUCGUAUGGUGCAUCUGGCGGAACCGGAAGUGCCACAUGCGGGAGUGCGGCAAGCGGGAGUGCUGCAAGCGGAAGCGCUGGGGGCGGGAGUAAUCCGCGCUCGCCGCGUCAAGAGGGCAGCCGGCUGGAGAGUCGAUUCAAGGGCCGCGACGGGGGGGAUGAGACGGAGAGAGCGCGGAGAGCGAAGAAGGCGGAACGGGCAGUGGAUGGCUAUGGCGGUCAUGCGGAUUUGGAUGCGAGAUUGUUGUCCAAGCCUGCUGAAGCAUCCCUCGGUCAGCAAUCCCUGGCGACGCAACAUGCCGAUGGUUUCGAGCCAGAGGGGAGCCAUACGCCGGCGAAAGACAUGUCGCAGAUGUCGCACAUGGGUUUGCGACAAGAGGAGGGCAGCCCGGUGUCGGUGCUCGAUGUGGGCAUCCGACGGAACGACGAGAGCGACUCCGAAGCCAGCAGUGGCGAGUUGUUCGCCGAUCGAUCGGGCAACUCCGUCGCCGAAUGCUACCCAGGCGCGACCGUCGCGCAACGGCAGCCGUCGCACACGUCGCUCGCGUCGUCGCCCAGCCAACAACAUGGCGGCGACGUCGCCGCAGACCUCCUCCGCCUGUCGCCGCACGACAUCGUCGGUGACGUGGCAGGCAUGGAGCAGGACCUCGAGUACGUGCGCCACGUGCUCCUCAUCUCCGGAUUCGGCGGGCCGUCUUUGCCGCCCAUCUUCUCCCGCAAUCUCCCGAUAAACCCGGUGGUUUUCGAGCAGCUCGAGUUUGAAAUAACGGGACAGCUAAAAUCGCAGCAGUUACAAUUCCCCUCGUCGUUAUCCGCGUCCUCCUUAUCGAGCGGUUCGCUUACAAGCCCUCCGCUUACAGGCACUGCGUUACCAGGUCUCAUUAGCCCCGCGGGCGGAGCAGCCGCGGCUGCUGCUGCUGCUGCCGGGGGGUCGCGGCCGCCGUCUCCGGGGCUCUUUCCGCUCCCCAGCUUCGCGGUCGGCGCGCAGAACACGUCGGAGGAGCGCCGCCAGCGCAUGCUGCUCUUCGACGCUGUCAACGAGGCGCUGGGCCGCACCCUCGCGCCUUAUCUGGAGAUUAACGAGGAGAUGCAAGUCCAGGACGCGGCGAUUGGCAGAGACGCGGCGAUUAAUCGCUGCUCCGGCCGGCCGUCCCAGCUCUUCGCGGAUAGUACUAAUAUUGGCGGUGGUAAUAACUACGGUUUGUGGGAGUUAGAUAAUGGGGCGUCUUUUUUCGCCUCGUGCUGUUCCGCCUCGCGCAAGCCUGCGCUUCUCCGCGCGCGCCCCAUCGGGCGCCAGCUGCUGCAGCGCGUGUGGGCGGAGGUGCACAGCUGGCCGGUUGCGCCGUCAGAUGAUGUUUACGACAUUCUCGAUGACGCGGCGAGGAGGGACAUGGUGCGCGGAACGGAGCGCUGGUCCGCAGAAGAAGUGGCAGCUGCGGAAGUUCCGCAGGUGGUGUUUGCGCUGGAAUCGGCGGUGCUGGAGCGCGCGCUGGAGGAGAUUUGCCGCGAGUUUGCGGAAGUGGAGGAGCAGCGCGCGCUGUCGCGGCAGCGGAGGCUGAGCGCGAAUGGUGUCGGCGCGGAGGGGUUAUGCGCGGGGAAAGCGCCUGCGGGAGGGAUGCGGAAAGCGGGGAGUGGGAACGAGAGGAGAUGGUUGCCAAGGCGGUUGAACUUCUGACUGUAACGGGUACAUUCUUGCUGCUACACGAGCGGACCUGGUACUUUUAGUGAGGCUGGACUCCCUUGCAAGUUGGUGAAGCGUUUUGAGUGCUCUACCUAGAUCUAAGUUCUUGGUAGGUAGAGAUUGGGCUGUGUGCAGGCAGUGGUGGAGUAGGCACAACUACCCAUUAUCGGAUUUCUCUAUACGAGUGUGUAGUUUAUGUCUGCAGCUUCAGCUUGUAGGGUAAUAAAUUCUUGACAUUUGACCAUCAUUAUCCUUACAUUUGGCCAUUCUAGUCAG